AUGUCACACAACCUGUGUCUCACGUCACACAACCCGUGUCUCAUGUCACACAACCUGUGUCUCACUUCAUACAACCCGUGUCUCACGUCACAUAACCUGUGUCUCACGUCUCACAACCUGUGUCUCACGUCACACAACCUGUGGCUCACGUCACAUAACCUGUGUCUCACGUCUCACAACCUGUGUCUCACGUCACACAACCUGUGUCUCACGUCACAUAACCUGUGUCUCACGUCUCACAACCUGUGUCUCACGUCACAUAACCUGUGUCUCACGUCACAUAACUUGUGUCUCACGUCACACAACCUGUGUCUCACGUCACACAACCUGUGUCUCACGUCACAUAACCUGUGUCUCAAGUCUCACAACCCGUGUCUCACGUCUCACAACCUGUGUCUCACGUCACAUAACCUGUGUCUUACGUCUCACAACCUGUGUCUCACGUCACACAACCUGUGUCUGACGUCACAUAACCUGUGUGUCACGUCACACAACCUGUGUCUCACGUCACACAACCUGUGUCUCACGUCACACAACCUGUGUCUCACGUCACAUAACCUGUGUCUCACGUCUCACAACCUGUGUUUCACGUCACAUUACUUGUGUUUCACGUCACAUAACUUGUGUUCCACGUCAAAUAACCUGUGUCUCACGUCUCACAACCUGUGUCUCACGUCUCACAACCCGUGUCUCACGUCUCACAACCUGUGUCUCAUGUUUCACAACCCGUGUCUCACGCAUCACAACCUGUGUCUCACGUCACAUAACCUGUGUUUCACGUCACAUAACCUGUAUCUCACGUCUCACAACCUGUGUCUCACGUCUCACAACCCGUAUCUCACGUCACAUAACGUGUGUUUCACGUCACAUAACCUGUGUCUCACGUCUCACAACCCGUGUUUCACGUCACAUAACCUGUGUUUCACGUCACAUAACCUGUGUCUCACGUCACAUAACUUGUGUUUCACGUCACAUAACCUGUGUCUCACGUCACAUAACUUGUGUUUCACGUCACAUAACCUGUGUCUCACGUCUCACAACCCGUAUCUCACGUCACAUAACUUGUGUUUCACGUCACAUAACCUGUGUCUCACGUCUCACAACCCGUGUUUCACGUCACAUAACUUGUGUUUCACCUCACAUAACCUGUGUUUCACGUCACAUAACCUGUGUCUCACGUCACAUAACCUGUGUCUCACGUCACAUAACCUGUGUCUCACGUCACAUAACCUGUGUCUCACGUCUCACAACCUGUGUCUCACGUCACAUAACCUGUGUCUCACGUCACAUAACUUGUGUCUCACGUCACACAACCUGUGUCUCACGUCACACAACCUGUGUCUCAUGUCACAUAACCUGUGUCUCACGUCUCACAACCUGUGUCUCAUGUCACAUAACUUGUGUCUCACGUCACAUAACCUGUGUCUCACGUCUCACAACCUGUGUCUCACGUCACAUAACCUGUGUCUCACGUCACAUAACCUGUGUCUCACGUCACACAACCUGUGUCUCACGUCACAUAACCUGUGUCUCACGUCUCACAACCUGUGUCUCACAGUUCCCAGUGGUCCGCAACCCUCGUAUCAGGGACCUCAAUCCACACCUCUCGGGCAUCAGUCAUCAUUGCACUUCCAACAACCAACAUCGGGCGGUCGGGUAGCCUAG